CCACUUGCGCCAAGUGCCGCCUAAUCAAGACAAAUAACCUUAAACAGUAAACACUUCGACUUCACAGAUCACAAUAUUCUGUAGAUGGUAAUCAGUAUUCACACGUUCUGUUUUAUAGACACUACAGUACUACACAGUGAACAUUUCUUCGAAGACAAACGCACAAGUUCAAUAUGACCGCAGAUACAAGCGUCGCAAGCGUGACCGAUCCGACCAGCAAAAAAGUUCCAUACUCCACCAGAAUCAAAUAUCUCAACGAAAUUGCCAAGCCCUUGGCACCCAAGGCGCUUACCAAAAAAAUCUACAAACUCGUUAAAAAAGCACAUAAAGAAAAGACUUAUUUAAGAGUUGGUUUGAAAGAAGUGCAACGAAGAGUCCGGAGAGAAGAAAAAGGGUUAGUGAUUUUUGCUGGUGAUGUGUCACCAAUUGAUAUUAUGAGUCAUAUGCCUGGUGUAUGCGAGACAAAAAAUCUUCCUUACUGUUAUGUGCCUUCACGUGACGACUUGGGUUCAUCUAUGGGUGUUAAACGAUCUGCUGUCAUGGUACUUAUCAGAAAACAUGAAAACUAUGGAGAUUUAUUUGAUGAAUGCCAGAGCGAGAUCAAAGCUCUGCCCUAUGAUUUUUAGACUACUGAAAUUAAACAUCAAUGUUUAUUAACUAAGAAUAAUGUUACAAUUAAUUAUAAUUAAACAAAAUAUAUGAUAUAAGUAAAAUAAA